AUGAUGCGAUUUUCCCUCGGCGAAGUUAAGGAUGUCAUCGAAGCAGCACUGGAAUGCAACAUUUUUUACUUUGACGAUAAGUUCUACAAGCAAAAACAAGGCCUUGCCAUAGGUCAUCGCAUGGUACUUGUAUUAGCGGUCAUCGUCUUUCACCACAUCGAGAAGUCAUCAUUAACUAGUGGAAAUUUGCUCUACAAACGUUAUAUUGGUGACGUAUUCAUUGUCGAAACGACGGAAGAAGAUUUUGUGGAAACAUUGAAGAGACUUAAGUUUCACGAUGCUAACAUAACCUCCACCAGGGAAGAUCUGGGGAGAGAUGGAUUCCUUCCAUUCUUCAGUGCGAAGACACAAAUUAGUGAAGGACAUAAGGAACACCUGUGGUAUAGAAAAAGUGCUCCGCCGAACAGAUUGUUGCAUUCUAGGAGCGCAUGUCCUAUUUAUACGGAGGCACACGUCGUGCAGAAUCUUUUAAAAACGAAGGAGAAGCUUUGGUUGCUAAGGGAUUAA